AUGGUCAAGACUCUCUCCAUCCUCGUCGCCGCCGCCAUCGCCGCUUGCGCUCUCCCCGACACCGUAUUGGCCCACCAAAUGGCCACUCGCCGCGCGCUCUCCAACGACCAGCGCAAGCUCUUCGUCGCCAACGCCAAGCACGCGCUCGGUGAGUGCGCCGACACCGAGUCCAUGCGCAAGCUCCAGCAACGCGCCAUCGCCCGCCGCACCGAAGCCGUCGAGAACCUGCGUCGUGAGCGUCGCCAGCGCCGUCUCGACGUCGACACGGUCGUGGCCACGAACCACGAAUCCAGCCUCACGGGUGUUACGGCCGACACCUCGUCCAGCGUGCUGUUCGGCGACGAAGUGUCGUGUGUGCUGGAGCCCGAGGUCACAUACGGACCGUACUACGUCUCCGGCGAGUACAUCCGCUCGGAUAUGCGCGAGGACCAGCCCGGCAUCGACAUGUACAUCGACCUGCAAGUGAUCGACGUGAGCACGUGCGAGCCCGUGACCGACAUUAGCGACGCCUCCAACAUCAACGCCACCUUUUGCCGCGGCAUUGCGGCGACGGACAGCGAUGGCGUGGCCCAGAUGCUGACGGUCUUCCCCGGACACUACGUCGAGCGCGCCACGCACCUGUACAUGAUCGGGAACUACAACGACACGGUGCUGGCGAACGGAACGUACUCCGGCAGCUCCAUCGCUCACGUCGGCCAGUUCUUCUUCUACCAAGACCUCAUCACGGCCGUGAACGAGCAAGACACGUACGUCACCAACACGCAGGAGAUCACGCUCAACGAGGACGAUAUGUGGCUGCAGGCGGCCGCGGCGGACGGAUACGACCCCAUCGUCGAGUACGCUCUACUGGGCGACUCGGUGGCGGACGGUCUGUUCACGUGGAUUUCGGUCGCGGUGAACAUGUCAGCGAACCAGGAGGUCGAGACGGCGGCUACGCUGACUGCGAACGGUGGUGUGGCCACGAGCGACUCUGUCACCGGCGGCGGCGCUGGUGGCAGUGGCAACUUUGGCGGCUCCAUGGGCGGCUUUGGUGGAUCUGUUGGUGGGAUUGGUGGGUCUGCUGCGGAUGAAGCCGUACCUCAGGAGUCGUCAGCCUCUGUUGAGAGUGAGGCUGCUCAAAGUGUACCUUGCGGCGUUCGCAACUAA